AUGGAGUCAAGAUUCAUAAGGUGUAAUGGUAAGAGUGAUAAUGAGAAGAAGUAUAGCAAUGAAGAGAGAAGUUUUGUGAGUGUUCUAAGUAUGAGUGGGGGAGAUGGAGAGAACAGUUACUCCACUAAUUCUCUUCUUCAGAGAAGAGUGUUAUCAAAGGCUAAGCAUGUCUUGGUUAAGAACACGAAGGAACUGAUGAUAAACUUGAACUUUCCUCAAUACAUUAAAGUAGCUGAUUUGGGUUGUUCUUCAGGACAAAACGCGUUCUUGGCCAUGUCCGAAAUCAUCAAUACAAUCCAUGUGCUAUGUCAACAAAGGAAUCAAAACCCACCAGAAAUAGAUUGUUGUCUAAACGAUCUCCCCAAUAACGAUUUCAACACAACAUUCAAAUCCAUACAAUUCUUCAAAGAGAAGAACCUUGCGAGUAAAGUAUCAUACUUCGUUUCUGGAGUCCCCGGUUCCUUCUACUCGAGGCUCUUCCCUCGUAAAAGUCUCCAUUUUGUGCAUUCUUCUUAUGGUCUCCAUUGGCUCUCUAAGGUUCCUGAAGGACUUGAGAAGAACAAGACUAGUGUGUACAUCACAACUUCAAGUCCUCUAAGUACAUACAAAGCUUAUUUAAACCAAUUCCAAAGAGAUUUCUCGACAUUUCUAAAACUGCGUUCUGAAGAGAUGGUUUCUAAUGGACGUAUGGUUCUCACUUUSCUCGGUAGAAACACUAUUGAUAAGCCAUUGCAUAGAGAUUGUUGUCACUUUUGGACAUUAUUAUCCAAAUCUCUCCAGGACCUAGUCAUCGAGGGUCAUGUGACUGCAUCAAAGGUGGAUUCGUUCUACCUGCCAUUUUAUGACCCUACCGAAAAAGAAGUCAAGGAGAUUGUACACAAAGAGGGUUCCUUUGAAAUCAAAMACUUGGAGACACAUGAAUAUGAUCUUGGCCAUUGUAACCAAGACGAGACAAAGAGAAGUAAAUCAGGACAAAAUGAAGCCAAUUAUAUAAGAGCGGUGAGUGAACCAUUGCUCGUGGCUCACUUUGGAGAUGCCAUUAUCAACAUGUUGUUUAACAAGUUCGCACAUCAUGUGUCUCAACAUGCUAGUUGCAGGAACAAAACGACUGUCAGUCUAGUCGUCUCGUUGACUCAGAAAUAA